UGUAGAAAGAGAGUUUUUACAGCUAUUUCUUUAUUUUUUGUUUUAACUUUAAAAAUUACAUAAAGCAUAAUGACAAUUUUGUUGGCUGUAAAUACCAACUAAAACGAAAGACAUUUGUUACAGUCCAACUAAUUGAUUUUCUAAAGUUACAUAUUUUUCUUUCUUAUUUGUUUUAUUUUGGCUUAAGAAAGCAAAAUAGGUAAAACAUUUAUAUUUGGUUUCCGAUAAUUCAUAUGUAAACCAUUCCAUCUUUUCAAAUCUACAACAAAGAUUUUAUCAUAAAAAUAUUUACAGCCAUAAAAACUUAAAGUUGUAAUUAUAAAGCAAAAAAAUAUAGAUACAGUUCAGUGGCCAAUACAACUAAUUAAAUUGUUUUAUUGUAUGGGAAAAUCUCUUCCCAUAGUCACAAAGAUCAUUUGAAUAUGUGCAGGCAAAAAAUAUUGAAUGUAUAUCCUUUUUUAUUUUAUUUAUUGAAUGUAUAUCCAAAUAUCUUUAAAAUGAAAAAAAAUAUAUAGCACUUAUCUUGCUUUGGACCAAACAAAACAUGCCAAUUUCUUCUUCUUUUUAACAUAUGGCAGAUUUGAUACCUUAAAUAUAUUUUUGCUGAAUUACUUAUUCUCUAUGUUGAGAAACAGUUAUGAAUACAUCCAAAUUUUUAAAAUCUCCCAAAAUAGUAUUGAUAUAUUUGGAUAUAUGUGUUUCAAUUUUGAGCGUGAUAGAAGAAAUAUAAAGAACAUUAAAUUACAUAUAUAAACGUGUAUGUCCCAAAAUGAUUUGGUUCAAAAGAUGACAUACAUUAUACACGUAUGAUUGUCUGAUCUUAUUAUCUUCUUAACAGUUGUUUUAGAUAAGAUGUUCUUAACUAAUCAAAAUAUGUUUCUAUAAAACCACCCUACAAAUAUGCACAGAAUAUAUUUAUAUUGAGAAUAUUAAAAUUCUUAUUAUUUUUCUCUCUCUAUAUAUCGGAUCAUUCAUUUAAUGUCCCUAUGCACAUAUAAAAUAUUUACGUUGAGAAUCGAAAGCCGUUACUUCAACUCAAAUGUUCUCAAAUUCUUAGUUGUUUUGUCAAUUUUCGUGUAGCAGUAAAAUAUUUUAUUGAACAACUUAGCUACAUCGUUCAUGGACCGACCAAAGAAAAAGGUCGUACUACGAGCGGUGAACUCGAUGAGCUCACUAUCCACGAGCGUCAAAGAAAAUGGAGGAAAAGGAAUGCGAGCAGUGAACUCACUGACCUCAAUAUCUGAACUAGACGACAGCGACCUACUGGCUCUGCUUGUUGACCGGCCAAGAGUGAAACUCGAACGGAAAAACUCAUACGAAGAAAAGUCUUUCAGCGAGUUAAGCCUUUACGAUGGUUGGGAGACUCCGACUUUCUCCAUCAGUGACUCGUUUGACCCUCACCCAAUGGUCUCAAAAGCUUGGGAGGCUCUUUUCCGUUCUCAAGUCUACUUCCGAGGCCAACCGGUGGGAACCAUAGCCGCCUAUGACCAUGCUUCUGAGGAGGUCUUGAACUAUGAUCAGGUUUUCGUACGAGAUUUUGUACCGAGCGCUCUAGCAUUCUUGAUGAAUGGAGAGCCAGAUAUUGUGAAGAAUUUUCUCCUUAAGACGCUUCAAAUCCAGGGACAUGAGAAAAAGAUCGACAGGUUCAAGCUUGGUGAUGGCGCAAUGCCAGCGAGUUUCAAAGUUCUCCAUAACCCUAUCAAGAAGACAGAUAGUAUCAUUGCUGACUUUGGAGAGAGUGCCAUCGGGAGAGUGGCUCCAGUUGAUUCAGGCUUCUGGUGGAUCAUUCUCCUCCGAGCUUACACAAAGUCUACAGGAGACCAUUCUCUGGCCGAGAGACCCGAGUGCCAAAAGGGCAUGCGGCUCAUACUCUCUUUGUGUCUCUCUGAGGGUUUUGAUACUUUCCCUACGUUGCUUUGCGCAGAUGGUUGCUCCAUGAUCGAUCGAAGAAUGGGUGUUUAUGGAUACCCGAUCGAGAUCCAAGCCCUCUUUUUCAUGGCUCUUCAAUCAGCACGCUCCAUGCUGAAAGAAGACGCCGAGGGAAAAGAGUUCAUGGACAAAAUACAGAAGCGGUUGCAUGCGAUGAGCUUCCACAUGCGAAGCUACUUUUGGCUUGACUUCCAGCAGCUCAAUGACAUUUACCGUUACAAGACGGAGGAGUACUCACACACCGCAGUUAACAAGUUCAACGUCAUCCCCGACUCCAUCCCGGACUGGGUCUUUGAUUUCAUGCCUCUCCAGGGUGGCUACUUCGUCGGUAACGUCAGUCCUGCCCGAAUGGAUUUCAGGUGGUUUGCGUUGGGAAACUGUAUCGCAAUCCUUUCCUCAUUGGCUACGCCUGAGCAGUCCAUGGCUAUCAUGGAUCUUAUUGAGGCUCGGUGGGAUGAACUGGUCGGAGAGAUGCCGUUAAAGAUAUGUUAUCCGGCGUUGGAGAGUCACGAGUGGCGCAUUGUCACUGGCUGCGACCCUAAGAACACAAGGUGGAGCUACCAUAACGGAGGAUCUUGGCCAGUGCUCCUAUGGUUGCUAACUGCGGCCAGCAUAAAGACCGGGCGACCACAAAUAGCUCGACGGGCAAUAGACUUGGCGGAGGCACGGCUGUUGAAGGAUGGAUGGCCGGAGUACUACGAUGGAAAGUCAGGAAGGUUCAUCGGAAAACAGGCCAGGAAAUUUCAGACAUGGUCAAUUGCUGGCUAUUUGGUGGCCAAGAUGAUGAUGGAGGAUCCAACGCAUGUAGGAAUGAUCUCAAUGGAAGAAGAAAAACAUAUGAAACCUGUUCUUAAUAGAUCUUUUUCUUGGUGUUGAAUUAUAUGAUUUCAGUUUGUGCGUUUACCUUUAAAUAAGUACAAUUAACAAAAAAAUAAAAAUAUUCACCCUUUC